CCCCUCCCAGCUCCCUUAUUCCCAGUUCUCCAGCCCCUUCCCAGCUCCCUUGGCCAUUCCCACUUUUCCAGCCCCCUCCCAGCUCCCUUAUUCCUGGUUUUCCAGCCCCUUCCCAACUCCCUCAGAUAUUCCAGAUUCUCCAGCCCCUUCCCACCUCAGCCAUUCCCAGAUUUCCAGCCCCUUCCCAGCUCCCUCACCCAUUCCCUCUUCUCCAGCCCCUUCCCAGCUCCCUCAUCAUUCCAGGUUCUCCAGCCCCUUCCCAACUCCCUUAUUCCCUCUUUUCCAGCCCCUUCCCAGCUCCCUCACCCAUUCCAGGUUCUCCAGCCCCUUCCCAACUCCCUUAUUCCCAGUUUUCCAGCCCUUUCCCAGCUCCCUCAUCAUUCCCGGUUCUCCAGCCCCUUCCCAGCUGCUCCAUCCGUAUCCCCACAGCUGGAAUUCCUGCGGGGCCGGACGGAGCGGGCGCAGGAUUUCGAGCGGCACCUGGAGGAGCUGCAGGGUCAGGACGUGGCCAACUACGACCGGAUGAAGCUGCAGCUGGAAAAGGACGUUCAGUACCUGGAGCGGAAGCUGCAGGAGAUGAAGGGGAUUUUCCACCUGAACAAGGUGAAGCUGGAAUACAACCUGGAAGUUCUCCGGCAGCAGGACCUGGAAAAUUCCACCCUCCGGUCCUUCCAGAAAAGACGGAUCACCCGGCUCCAGGGGGCGCUGAGUAACUUGAAUUCCCGGCUGGAAAAGCAGGAGAGGAAAUUCCGGGAGGAGAAGCAGAGCUUGGAAUGCGACCGGGAACGGCUCAAGGGGCAGCAGGAGGAGACCAGGAGCAGGAUGAGACACUUUUCCGUGACGGGCUUGGCUCAGUUCCGGCGGGUGUGGCUGGUGAACGAGGCCGAGGCCAAGGAGCUGAUCCGGAAAGCUCUGGAAGCCGAUCGGCUCAUCCACGUCCAGCAGCUGGGAAUUCCCUGGGAAGAGCCGCUCCACUGGUUCCUGGAAAACGUGGGACCCUUGGGAGAGAAGCCGGAGAAGCGGACGGCGAUCCGGGCGGCCCGGGAAGCGCUGGAAGAGGAAAACUCCGGAAAACCACCCGAGGAGGGGAAAGGGAAGAAAAAGAAAGGCUUGGGAAGCGGAAAAGAAGGCAAAGGAAUUCCUGGGAAAGCCGGGCUCGGAUCCAGACCCUUGGGAAACGUUCCCAAGGAAACCAUCCGGAGGAUCCUGGAGCUGCUCCGGGACGAGUCGGGAUUCCUGAUGGAGAAGGAGCUGCUGAAGCCGCUGCAGGAGCUGGAGGGGCCCCCGGACACCCUCGGGAAGAUCCGAUCCCUCUUCCAGGCCCUCCGGAUCGAGGACGAGGACGACCUUUUCCAGCUGGUGGAUUCCUUCCUGAAACACAAAUCCCGGGAAUCUCCCGAGAAGAGCCAGAGCCAGGGAAGUGCAGGGGGAGAGAUCCCGGAUCCGGCCGAGGAGGGAGGAGCCGCUUCCCGGCAGGAGGAGCUCCGGUGCUCCCGGAAUUCCCGGAGCUCCGUGCGCGUCCACCGGGACGACGUCCCGAAGAUCCUGAAGGAAUUCCUGAGGAAUUUCGACCGGCUCAGGGACGCCGCGGCCGCGGCCGCCCGGGAAGCCCUGGAUAUCCGGGAUUCCUCCGGAGACGCGGAAUACUGGGAAGCGCUGGCCCACGUCAUCCCGGAGCCCAAGCUGAAACUUUGGGAUGCUCUGGAUGCGGCGCUUCUGGAAUACCACCGUGUCCUGAGCCGGAGAUCCGAGCUCCUCUCCCAGGCCACGCUCCUGCAGCAGCAGAACUCGGAGCUGGGAAUGCUCCUGGAGGAAUACCUGCGUUCCAAAGCCAGCGGCUGAGCCGGGAAUUCCGGCCCCUUUCCCGGCCGCGGCGCGCGGGAACGGAGCCGAACGCGUCCCGAGGAAUCGCUGGGGAUGGGCGGGGCCGGGUGGGGAUUCACUGGGCCUGGA